AUGCCUUCUUCUUCCCUCUGCGGGUGGGCCCUGGCUCUGUCUAUCGCACAGCUGCUGCUGUGCAACGCUCGUGGAGAGCGAGCGGUCUCGCCAACAACGCCGCGACAUGAUGUCGGAAACCCGUUAGCGUCUGCGGCGCUCCCAUCCUUCUUUGUGGCGCCUUCUACGGUUUUGGGUGGGGUGUGGAUGGGAGCAAGACGGGGAGAACGAGCAAUCUCCGGGGGAAGAAAUCGGCGCUUCGAAAGGGUGUCGUGUUUGGAGGCUAAGAAGAGCGAGAUAAAGGCCGAAGAAGCUGAGUUUAGGGCGGCUGCUAGAGAGCUCGCAAAAAUGGAAAAAAAGAAGGAGAAUAAGACGAAGGAGCGCGCCCGAAAGCGCGAGGAGAGAAAACCCAAGGCGCCGAGGGGGAGGGUGGGGGACCCGCAGGACGACCAGGAUGGCCCGGGGAAGGCCGGCAGGAACCCUUUCAAGAAAGAGAAGAUCGUGUCCAAGUUCGGCGCCAACGACAUCCGGAAGGUCGAGUUCGUCGGUAGCUACGACGACCAGGAGGAGAUAUGGCCCAGGGUAAGGGUUCCAGGAAGAGGGGGGGGGGGGGGGGGGGG